UAUUUCAUUUUCAUGUUCCAGAAGACCAAAAUCAAAUGAAUUUCAACACCACUCUCGAAUCCCAUGAUUAUGCUCUUCUUCAAUCCAUUCAACGCUUCCUCCUCGACGAUACCCAAGACUUAAAUGCACUCACGGCAGUUUUGGCCGCACCCAACGCCGUUUCACCUGUGGGGAGCGGCGGCGGAUCCACGUCCACCCUUUUCACCACUUCCAUCAACAUGGAAGAGCGACCAACUACUUCCACGGAGGCGCGUGAGGAUCCUACGGCGGCGCGUGGGGAAUUCACGGAAGCGGGUGGUGGACACGCGUCUUACCAGAGGUUCAAGGGAGUGAGAAGAAGACCGUGGGGAAAGUUUGCGGCUGAGAUAAGAGAUCCAAAGAAGAACGGGGCGAGAGUUUGGCUUGGGACUUACGACUCGGCUGAGAGUGCGGCUUUAGCUUACGAUCGAGCCGCUUUUGAAAUGCGUGGCUCCAAAGCUAAGCUUAAUUUUCCUCAUUUAAUUGGAUGCCAUGAGCCGAGCCAGAAAGAGAAUGGCUAAAGUGGGAUUUAAUAAGUGGCGCCAAAAUUUAAAAUGAGUUGAGCUGAGUUAAAUUGAACGAUUCAGUAGAAUAUGAAGAUGUGUAUGAGUCAUAUUUAUGGUUUAUUUUGAGAAAAAAAUUAUUAUAAAAUUUCAUGAUAUUUAUCAAUAUAUAAAGAGAACAUUUAAG